AUUAAAAAAAGCUUGUCUAUCGAUUGCUGGAAUUUUCGUUUUUUCUUUUAUUAAACUUUGCAUUAGUUGCAAUUCUGUGAAACUGCGUCGAAAGGAAGUGCGCCACUUUUGUAAAAAAAAAUACUUCGUAUGGGGAAAGAUUACCAUUUCCAUUACUAUUGACCUACAAUGUAAUUCCAAAAGUGGAUGAAGUGGAAGUUGCCGUAACUUGCGGAGCUUAUAGUUGCGCAGUUCAAAUAAAUCGUUUUGAUUUAGUUAUGAAACUAUUACUUUAUUUCAACUACUUUCAAAGAAACAUUCAUACGUGGGUAAAUAUUUGUACACGUAAAGGUCCAAGAGUGCUUCUCAUCUUAUCAGAAAAUGAGAUACUUAAUAUUAGGACUGCUCCUUAUGGGAGCAGUUCAAGCGAUGGGCCAAGAUAUGGAAUCUGUGUCUGUGACAAUUGAAAUGACAAGCACAAUAUCAUCACUGUAUACAGUUCCUGUACCUUUAACAGAAUAUAAGAAUAUUAGUCUUUCUGCCAGUACCUCCAACGAUAAGAUCGUUACCGUACAAGUCCCUGUAUUUAACGAAAAAGAUGUUCAGAAUGGUUUUUGGAAUGCUACUUUUAACAUCACUGCGGUAUUCUUAGGAUACGCUGAAGUCUCAGUGAAUGCAACAGUGGAUGGGAUGGUUGAGAGAAUGUCCAUAUUCAAAGUGACCGUAAUUCGUCCGCAGCGACCAAUAGAUAUAAUUUUUACUGCAAGUGUCGCCAUUCUUGUAUCUAUUCUGUAUAUUAAUUUUGGAUGCGCUAUGGACUGGGAGAUAUGUCGCAAAACUCUGCGAAAACCCAUCGGACCUACCAUUGGCUUCAUCACGCAGUUCCUUUUCAUGCCAGUGAUAAGUUACGUGGUUGGUUACUUUCUAUUUCCGGAUAAUCACGAGAUGCAGCUUGGCAUGUUUUUCACAGGAGUAAGUCCCAGUGGUGGUGCUUCUAACAUCUGGACCUUACUUCUCGGAGGGAAUAUAAAUCUCUCCAUUACCAUGACCACCAUCUGUACUAUCGCCGCAUUUGGAAUGAUGCCAUUGUGGAUCUUUACAUUGGGAAGACGAAUAUUCGAGCGAGCUCAUCUCGUAGUUCCCUACUCUCGGAUCGCGAUGUUUGCAAUCGCCCUUGUGCUUCCCCUUGCGAUUGGGUACUUCAUCCAGAAAAAGCUCCCCAGGCUCUCUCGCCUGAUGGUCAGAAUCAUGAAACCCUUCUCCGCUAUCCUUAUCAUCUUCAUUGUAGUGUUUGCCAUCAUAACAAACCUUUACCUCUUCCAACUCUUCUCCUGGCAGAUCAUUGUUGCUGGAAUGGGUCUGCCGUGGCUUGGAUACAUAUUCGGUUACUUGGUCUCGCUUGUCAUGAGACAACCCACGCCUGACACCAGAGCAAUCUCCAUCGAAACAGGAAUUCAGAACACUGGAAUCGCGAUCUUCCUCUUACGGUUCAGUCUGGACCAACCAGCUGCAGAUUUGACCACUGUUGUGCCAGUUUCUUGUGCCAUAAUGACACCAUUGCCACUCAUUCUUCUUUACAUCGUGAGACUGGUAGUAAAUCGGAGACAGAAGGAAGAACUGCACUAUUCGAAAGAAAAGCUGGAAGACAAUGAUAAACCAGUACCCACCAUAUCCAACUCGGAUGCAUCGACAGUGCACAACCCCAUGCUCCAAUAAGUGGAGGGUAUGGCACAGGAGAUUGUUAUCGUUACUUAUUAUGGAUGUUUAAGAUUUUAUGGUGACCUUACAUUCAGGUAACAGAGGGUAAGCUAAUGCUCCGGCAUGCUGUGUCCAUUGGCUCCUGCGAUUGGUCUUAAAAUUUCGAAGCAGGUUGAAAUCUCAGUUGGAAUUUUCUACAUUAUUUAUUACCGUUCGAACGCCAUAUUUAAUGCUGCAUGUUUGGACGAGGGUUUAUUCGGUUGAUUUAGGUCCCUGUGGUGACUCUCGAACUGUGAUGUUUAGGUCUACCGAUCAAAUGCUAAUUUUAAAAGUCACUCGAAGUUCGUGAUAUGUACUUUCCUGAGAUUAUCCAGGUUACAUUUUGUAAGGUUUUGUAUGUAGACUUAGUCAGUACUAACAAUAAUGGUGUUUGGCUGGUUACUAACAGAUUGCCUAGAAUAUUGGAAGUUGUUAUUUAAUAUUGGUGCAUUGUUGGUAGAUCCUAACCUGAAAUCAAUUGCGCUUGGCAGUGCAAGAGAUCUAAAUUAGGAGCAUCGAAUGCUCUCCAACUGGAAUCUAAUUGCGAGGAUUGAAUACUAUAUGUAUAUUGAACCAUUUUUUACGCAAUUUUAUUGAACCGUUACCAACAUGUCCUGUCAUGUUAAAAAGAAACAUAUUUAUUCAGUGGAUACGUUUACAGUUGUAUACGAAAAAUAAAGGACAUUCUCAAGAC